AUAACGCCAGAAUGACAUGUCUGUUUCGUGACUAUCAGGAAGGCAUGGAGUCACUUGUGCUAGGCAUUUUCAUCGCCUGCGUUAGCCUACAGCUGUCAGAGGGGCUACACAAACGUUCCUCUGUUUGCUACGACCAUCUGGGAUGUUUCGCAACCGACCCGCCAUUUUUUAGCCUUCAUCGUCCGUUGAACUUCCUCCCCGAGUCCCCAGACCACAUCAAUGUCCAGUUCAUGCUGUACACCAAACACAAUCCACAGAAAGAACAGAUUGUUACCAUCAACGACUCGGCCUCUGUCACCUCAUCGAACUUUGACCCCGCAAAGCCCACCAAGAUCGCCAUACACGGCUACUUUGACAAUGGUCAAAAAGCAUGGCUUCACGAAGUCAAGGACGAGUACCUCAAGACUCACGAUGUCAAUGUGUUCAUUGUCGACUGGGGCGGUGGUUCCAAGACGUUGUACACCCAGGCCACAGCAAACACCAGAGUGGUCGGGGCAAUAGUGGCUCAGUUCAUCACCCACCUCAAAACUGUAGGUCACGCCAAGCCUGAAGACUUUCAUCUGAUUGGGCAUAGUUUGGGCGCUCAUGCAGCUGGUUAUGCAGGGGAGAGAAUCCAGUACGUUGGAAGAAUCACGGGUUUGGACCCAGCAGAACCCUACUUCCAGGGCACUGAUGUCAAAGUGAGGCUCGACCCGACCGACGCCAUGUUUGUUGACAUCAUACACACCAAUGGAGAAUCCCUUCUUAAACUAGGUCUAGGGAUGAAGCAACCGUGCGGUCACGUGGAUUAUUACCCUAAUGGCGGACUAACACAACCCGGAUGUGACGCGAAGAACGCCGUGUCAAAUAUAAAGAUCGAGGGACUUCAAGGCGGCGUCAAAACCUUUUUUGACUGCAGCCAUAAACGCUCACAUGCGCUCUUCACGGAAUCCAUCAACAGCAGAUGUCCAUUUGAAGCUUACAAGUGUAACAGUAACGAAGAUUUCAAUGCUGGCAAAUGUAUUCCAUGCAGCGGAGGCGGAUGUGGUUAUAUGGGUUACCAUGGUGACCGUGUUAAGCCAAACAACAAGCAAACGCUGGUGAAGUAUUUCUUGAAGACUGGUUCGACUGCGCCCUAUUGUCGGUUCCACUACCAGCUGCAGAUUACUCUGGGUGCGCCACACGGGUCACGUAAGGAGAGGGGCGAUGUAUAUGCUACACUUACCGGCAGCAAAGGACACACCGAGGAGAUACAGCUCACUGACGACCAUAUUGAUCUGACACCAGGCAAAUCCUAUACUUAUGUUGUGACAUCACCACAAGAGAUUGGUCAGCUGACAAAGUUUACAAUCCGGUGGGAGGAGAAUGCGCACUGGUACAAACCUUUAGACUGGAACCCGCUUAAUCUGCGCCAUCCUACUCUAUUUAUAUCCAAGGUGAAGGUCGUAGAGGGGGAGAACACACAACAAUUUCAGUUUUGUGGCUCUAACGUUGCAGUGGAGAGCAAGACUCCCAAACAGCUGUCAGCGUCAAGCACCUGCUGAUGAACCAGUCGGACUGCUUAAUACCUGUUACCAUCAAAUGCUAAAUUUAAAUCAUGUUAUGUGAUAUGUACCUUUACUAAUUUUAUUUCUUUUGUGCCCUUUGAUUCAGGUGAUUCAAUUCAAUAAAAGUCUGGUACCUCGA